AUGGCCAAAGCGGAAUCGUGCCUCGUGCCAGUUUUUGGACUGGUCUGCGAUGGUUUUAAGGCUGAACUUUGGACCGAGCCAGCAACGGAAACCGCCGGCACGCCGAUCCGUUCCAAAUCCUAUUUACAGGAGCAUGGAACAAAACGAGUGGCGCGCAUAUUAAAAGUAGUGGCGUCCGUCAAUGGAGGCCCAGCCGCGGGUCUCAAUGGGCCUUUGCGGGGCUCGCAUUGUGGGCGGCUUAAAGGGUUUCGCGACAAUGCGGCCCGGGCU